AAAGCGGUAGAAAAUGAAUGAAUGAAUGAAUGUAUAAUCACAAAUGCUAAAUCUGCCCACAGAUUUUGAGGCGCGUCAAAACCUCAGGAUCCAUGUUGGAAAUGGCAGACGCCAGCGCUGUCCUCAGAAGAUUGGAACUGGAGGGUGUGUCCGUGAAGGAGGCGCUGGCGGGACAUGCUCCAGAUAACACUGCCGCACACCGAUGAUCACAUGAGGCCUAUUUAAUGACCUCCACUUCCUCAUGGUGUCUCUGGGAGCCGAAGACAAAGGUGUUACUCGGCGUCUGCUGGAAGGCCUCCAGGAAUUGGCUAAGACGCCAGGCAGCAAUUACAACCAUGAGCUGGCAGGAUCUGUAGGCAUGCCCUUGUGUCAGGCCUUGAUGGAAUAUCAGGGAGGAAAUUACAGCGAAACUGUGGAGUUAAUGUACCCCAUACGCUACCGUAUCGUGGAGUUGGGGGGCAGCAAUGCACAGAGAGACGUCUUCUAUCAACUGCUUAUUCACGCAGCCUUGAAAUCGGAGAAUACGCAUCACCAGAAACUUGGAAGGUAUGCCCUGCAAGGACUUCCACAUCUGUGCCUGUCUUCAUCUGUUCGACUGGAGAGAGAUGAUAUAGUGAUAAUGGCAUGAAAUGGAAUGGUCCAGUCGUUUUUCCAUGUGCAACUGCAUUCAAAAUUAUUCAACCCGGGAAAAAAUAGGAAAAAAUAAAAAUCAUGUUCAAAUGUAAUCUUAUUAUGACUUGGAAAUUAGCUUUUUCUAAUACACUGAACCAUUUUGGUGGUUUCCUCACUCCCAAUUAUUCAACUCCUUAAAGGGAACUGCCCUUUUUUGGGUUCACAAUCCUCACACAAGACACAAGUUAAUAUGAGCUAGCCAACAAUGCACAUCCUCGGGAUACACCUAUUUAGACUAUUAAGCCCUCUAAAAAAAAAACAACUUUGCAUGGUUUGAUAUACAUGCUAUGAUAGUUUCAGUAUCUUGUCGUAUUUUGAUGAUUUCAAACACUACCGAAACGCAUUUCGCGACGACACUUACGAUGUCCGUUUUCCUCGGGGUGGCUGUAUCUUCCAGCACAAGAUGUGUACUCCUGUCCUAAGGUAUAAAAAAAAUGCUGACGGCAAAGAGUUUUUGUAGCGAAAUUGAGAGUUAAGUAUCCACUCUUCCGUCUGUGAAUGACGCUGAGACUAGCAUCGUAUUAGCCCGCGAGAUAAAAAUAGUUUUUCAUGUUAGCCGCCACAAUAAUAAUGUUGCUGUAUCUUGGUUAAUAUACAAGUCCGUUAUGGAAAUGCAACACUGUUGCCGUUUUUUUUAGUUUUUUUUUAGUGAGUGCUUUAGCGUCAACAUAGUUAUUUCCCAUGACGUCCGUUGUUAGCAAGCUCAUAUUAACUAUUAAUUUCCUAAGGAUUGGAAAUGAUGGGCAAAAUUCCAAAUAAAGUCAGUAUCAGGUGUUGAAAACCCUUGUGGAUUUUGAGCGAACCAUAACGAGGAACGAUACAACAGAUGUACAACGACUGUGAUUCUCAGCUCCUUCUCCACAGUCUUGUGUUCGAUUCCAAUAGAUCUCUUCUGGUGUGAGCGCGACGCCAUGAGGCCAAACUCCCCUCUGACUGAUCGUCUGAAGCAGAGAGCCGUGGCUCUUCACGACUAGACUUAUUGCAAGGAGCAAAGACCCACCCUUAUCUGAUGCUCGCUCCAGUGUGUGGUGUUCAGGGACCCUUGGACCAACUAAGUGCUGUAAUAUGGCUUUGUCAUGAUGCGAAAAAAUGUAUCAAGACUGAAAAGUAUGCUAGAUAAGCGCCUAUACUGUAAUCUUUCUACAAGAUCAAUGUGUCAAUGCCAUUAAAAGGAAGCUUUCCAA